AGAAAUAACAAAAAAUGUUGUGGUUGUGUGAAUUAUCCAUCAAGUUCUUUGAUCAUCAUUCUUAGCUAGUCGGAAACACUCAGAUGGCGAACAGGGAGAGGGCGAAUGGUACUUGCAGCCAGUGUACAGGAAGUAUAUUCAGUUUAGGUCUAACUGCUCUCUUCCUAUGGCUUGGUUUUGGUACUUUUUCACCCAAGUUUUCAAUAGAGAUGUUUGAAGUUCCAGCCCUCAACACAACUUCUUCUUCGAAGGGAAACUCCAAGAUCAUCGAUCCGACUUUCGAUCUAAGAUUGAAGAACGAAAAUCUAAACGAGGGAGUUCUUUAUGACACCAUUAAUGUGACACUUUAUUAUUACCAGCUCAAUAUCUCAACCUUUGUACCAAUUGGAAAUGUUUCGAUUCCUGCGUUUUAUCAAGGGUACGGCAAGAAAGCCCAUCGUGUCGAGUCGAUUCCGAGUUAUGGGGUUCCUUGGGAGAUUGCUAAAAUGGAGAUUUUAAACGGGAGCACAGCAAUGUUUCGAGUUGAUCUGGAUACAAAGAUUAGGUACAAGUAUCCUUUAUGGAAGAGCAAAAGACAUACAAUAAUGGGAUUACGAGUUAAAUUUUAAGAAUUUUCAGAUUUUAUAUUUUUACACCAUGUUUUUUAGUCCCUCCUAAUGCCAUCACCAUGUGCCCAUUGGAAUACUCAGAUUGCCAAGUAAAUGAAAAUCUAAUAUAACGACGAAAUAUG